AACUACUUCCCCCUUUUACACAAUGGGAUGGUCCACCCCUGCGGCUCCUCCCCGCCAGCUGCCCGGCUCAAACACCGGCGCGGGGGUGGGGGGAGCUGCUCACCCCUCCGUGGGUUGUACAGUCCGCCGCCCCUUUGACAGACAGGAAGGAACGGCUCCUCCCCGAUGGGCUAGUCCACGCGUGGUGGGGACGGGGGCGCACGCGCGGCUCGUUCGAAGUGAGCCAUGGCGGCUUGUCCCUUUCGGAGGAGCAUCGCCUCUCAGGCCAGUUGCUGAUUUCCAGCUCUUUGUGGGUUCUGUGAUAGAGGACAAGUCUAGUGAUCGUUCAAAGCCAGAUCUUCAGCUUCAAACUCAGAGGCUAGCAGAGAAGCUAAAAUGUGAUACAGUAGUGAGUGAAAUCAGCACUGGUCCAGGAACAGUGAACUUCACAAUAAAUAGGGAAUUAUUAGCAAAGACUGUGUUGCAGCAGGUAUUUAAAGAUGGCUCCGAAUAUGGAAUAAAAAGUGAACUUUUCUCUAUGCUUCCCAGAAGAAAGAUAGUGGUUGAGUUUAGUUCACCCAAUAUUGCCAAGAAGUUUCAUGUAGGACACUUGCGUUCCACGAUAAUAGGGAACUUUGUAGCAAACCUCAAAGAAGCGCUUGGACAUCAAGUAACAAGAAUAAAUUACCUUGGAGACUGGGGCAUGCAGUUUGGUUUACUGGGAGCUGGUUUCCAACAGUUUGGCAAUGAAGAAGAGCUACAAUCCAAUCCUUUACAACACCUCUUUGAGAUAUAUGUACAGGUUAACAAAGCAGCAGAAGAAGAUGAAAACAUAAAGAAGCUGGCACAGGAUUUCUUUAGAAAAUUGGAGGCACGUGAUCAGCAGACACUGUCAAUGUGGCAACAAUUUAGAGACUUCAGUAUUGAAGAGUAUGUCCGGAUUUACAAGCGUCUAGGAGUGCAUUUUGAUGAAUAUUCUGGAGAAUCAUUUUAUCAAGAGAAGUCCCAGGAAGUUCUAAAGAUGUUGGAAACUAAAGGACUCCUUCAGAAAACAAUCAAAGGAACAAGAGUAGUGGAUCUUUCUGAAAAAAGAGACCUCUCAUUGUCUUCCACUGUAAUGCGUAGUGAUGGGACAUCUCUUUAUAUAACAAGAGAUCUUGCUGCUGCUAUAGACCGAAUGCAGAAAUAUAACUGUGAUACUAUGAUUUAUGUGACAGAUAAAAGUCAAAACACUCACUUUGAACAGCUGUUCCAAAUACUGAAGCUCAUGGGCUACCAGUGGGCAGAAAGGUGUCAGCAUGUGUCUUUUGGGCUAGUGCAGGGGAUGAAGACACGAAAAGGAGAGGUGGUUUUCCUGGAAGAUGUUUUAAAUGAAGCUCGCUCAAGGAUGUUACAAAACAUGGCUUCUGCAAAAACAAGUAAAGAACUGGAAAACCCUCUUGAGACUGCAGAAAAGAUUGGGCUUGCAGCGCUCAUAAUUCAGGAUUUCAAGGGUCUUCUAUCAUCCGAUUAUCAGUUUAGUUGGGACCGGGUUCUCCAAAGUCGGGGAGAUACAGGCGUAUUCCUGCAGUACACACAUGCCAGACUCCACAGUUUAGAGCAGAUGUAUAGGAAUGGGCAAUCGACUGACAUUAAUACAGCUUGUUUACAAGAUCCACAGGUCAUCUCAGUCCUUCAGCACCUUCUCAGAAGCUGAAUGAAAAAUGAUCAUGUGGGGAAAAUACCUCUGAGUACCGGUAGUUGGACGACUGUUACUAAUUGGUAAUACUAUCAACAAUAUUGGGUGCCUGUUACUAAUUGUUACUUAGUUGCUAAUGAGUAAAGGUUAGUGCAGUUCUUUUGUAAAUGUAAUAAGCUAUAUAUAUAAACAUUGAUUAUCAUCAUAAACAUAGACCUGGUGGAUGGGAUCUCUGGAUCCCAUGGGAAAAGGGGUGCAGAAAUGCUCUUAGGAGGAGGGGAAUGGAGCAUCCACCCACUUCCAGUAGCCAUGAAGGACACCCACAAACCAAUCCCUACUAAUAGUACUUAGUUUGUAUAUAGUGCGUUUCAUUGAUAAUUCUUAACAUUCUGACAAAGCUGAGCAAGCAGCAUUGCCCCUAAUUUAUAGGUGUGGAAUCUCAAGCACAGAAAGGUGUGAGGACUUGCCCAAUGCCACACAGGAAGUCAAUGGCAGAGCUGAAUAUAGAGCCCAGAAUUCCCAGCUGAAUGUCCUAGACCCUGCACCAUGCUGCCACUCUUCAUACCAUCCUCCCUCCAGGCAAUCAAGAGCAAAAGCCUUCUUAGUGGCUUAAACCCACUUUCAUUGCUUUGAUUGUGGCCUUUGACAAUAUAACAAAAAUACUUGGCCUUUGAUCUGGUCAGGCUAAACAUCAUUAACCUAGAUGAUGUUUGUAGACCAGUGAAUCUUUCGGAUGGUAGAUUUGUGGUAGCACAUCUUCCCUGCAGAAGCUGACUUAUUCCACUUAACAUAAGAACAGCCAUACUGGGACCGACCAGUGGUCCAUCUAGCCCAGUAUCCUGUCUCAGUGUCAGGUGCUUCAGAGGAAUGAACAGCACAGGCAAUCAUCAAAUGAUGCAUCCUCUGUCCUCCAUUGCAAGGUUCUGGCAGUCAGAGGCUAGACAGAAGAACUCGUUAGGAGAGCUGCUCAGGAGUUUUCAGACGAAGUUAGGGUUUAGUCAGAAAAUGUCAAUUUGUUGAAACCAAAAUGUUUCAUGGAAACAUGUCAGUGUUGAUGAACAUUUGAUGAAACACAGGGCAGCGCAGCCAUGUGGACUGCCCCAGGGCAGCAGACCCAGGACUUCCAGGGUCCCCAGCUCCCAAGCUCUGAGGCUCACGGCUCAGUUGUGGUUCUCAGGGCUUCUAGGCUUUUGGCUGAAGCUGGAACCUUGGCAUUUGGCUCCCAGGGUCAAUUUCAAAAAGUUUUAAACUAAUUUUUUCUAAUUUCCCUUCUACAGCAAAUUUCAGAAAUUGUUUCUGUUCUGAAGCUGAACAGUUUUGUUUUUUUAAUUUCCCAUGGACCAGAAAUUCUGACUUUCAGCCAGCUCUACUCAUUUAGUUUAUUUCAUGUGGCUAACAGAUUGCAGUAGCAGAGACAAGCCUCUUCAUUUAAUAACUGCUGGAUAGUUCAGUGAACUUGGUAUUAGCAACCAGCUGUGACAAAGUCAGGCCAGACGGCGACAAGAGGGUUUGGGAAGGCCGAUAUGUUAGCCUUAGAAUGCUAAAGGCCCUUUUUCCUAUAAGCUGAUACUCCUGCGGGAAUUAUGCAUCAAGAAAUUAAAAAUUAUGUGCAAAAUAUUUUACAAUUCUGUAAAUUCUAUUUGUCAAUAAAUAAAUGUGGCUCCAGCAUGGCAGCGAGGAGCACAGGCCACUGGCUGCAUUGAGGUGGAAGACCACCCUGAAGCCCGCAUCUCCCACAGUACAGUGAGGCUGCACCUGACCCUGACAGUGCAAGGGCUAGGCAAGUGUGGAGGGGCUUAGUGUGGGGGG